CUAUUGUUUACACAACAACGCGUCGACUAUACAGACACCUGAUGGCUGUGCUAAUAAUGCUACAUAAUCUGACGCUUCCUAUCGGGCCGCGUCGAGCGUGUGGUUCCACUCGCAGUUCGCCGACACUAUUCGACUAGACUACAUAAGUGAAGUGGCACAUCAUCGUGUGUAUUUCGAAUUUUGGCUCUGUGUACUUCUUUAUUGUGUAGGUUUCUAGGUUAGCAUCAAAUAGAAUUCAAAAUGAGAUGAUGGAAAAACCGAAAAGGCCGAUGUCGGCGUAUUUGCUGUGGCUAAAUAGCGAGCGCGGGAAGAUCAAGGCUGACCACCCCGGCCUGAAGGUGACCGAGGUGGCCAAGAAGGCUGGCGAGAUCUGGCGCUCCAUGGACGACAAGAGCACUUGGGAGGAGAAGGCGGCCGAGGCCAAGGAGCAGUACGCGAAGGACCUCGAGUGCUACAACGCCAACGGCGGCGCGCCCACGCCCAAGAAGGCGCAGAAGCGAGGCGGCGCCAAGGCCAAGCCGGCCAAGGCGAGCCGCACCAAGCACAAGAAGGAGCAGUCGGAGGACGAGGACGCGUCGGCCGACGAGGACGACGCGGGCGACAGCGAGUGAGCGCUCACUAGCGCCACAAACCGAACAUUGUGAGUGAGUGUAUAGCGAUGUGUGCACCGGUACUGACGCGCAGUGCACUCGACAGCCUCCACUGUUUCUAAUAACUACUUACUAUACUAUCUACUAUGAAAGUGUACUAAUAUAAGCCGAAAUCAUUCAUCAAUCGGGUUUCAUCAUCGUAUUCAAUCAUACAUUUUUAUGUUAAGUAUUAUUGUCGAUUAUGUAUCGGCUUGUUGGUAUUAAGUAUCCCCCUGGGCGCCUACUCUUACGAUCUCUGCGAAUUUCGACUGAAUUAGAUAAAAUGAACCUCCUAGAUAAAUGACUCAUCAUCCCACACAGUCAAUGCGUUCAUUUCAUUAGAUCUUCAUGUGUAAAUAUUUUAUGAUUUGAUGUUAGGUCGCUUCUGUAAGUCAGAUUUGUCAUGCAUUUAUUAGAUAUAAGAUUACAAAAACUAAGCUCGUCUGAAAUAAAUAAAAAAUCUACCCCA